AUGUCACUGCCUGUCCUUCAGCUCUUAGUGCUCUCAUGUCUUGGAGCCACAGAGCCACUGGGAAGGAAAAGCAGAAGGCCGUUUCAGCAUCCUUUCUAUAUGGGCAAAAAUCUGCUUGAAAGUCAGAGUUUUCGUGAGCUGGUAGGGGAAAACCCAGUCGGUGUUGAGGAAACCCCGGGAGAACCAAGCUUUUUUGUAGCAAUUCCACAGACAGCAUCCAAAAGUGAGAAGCAAGAGAAGAAAAAAACGUCCAGAUUCAUCCUUCCCAAUGCAGAACUCCACCCAGACCAAGACCUGAGAACCUGGGCAGCACCCAGAGAGAUCUCUCCUGUCACAAACGUCUCUCCACCCCACUACUCCAGCAAGAAGGAGGCCGAACCUUUCUAUAGAAAAGAUGCCAAGAAAUUUUGGGACCACUUCAUGUUAAAGAAAAAUUCAGCAUCUGAAGAGGUUGUCUUGCCAAUCAAGACUAAUGAAAUGCAUCAAGAAAACUGCAGAACCCUGCCUUUUUCCCAGGGCGUUACUCACGACGGCUGUGAGAAGGUGAUGGUACAGAAUAAUCUGUGUUUUGGAAAAUGUAGUUCCUUUCAUGUUCCUGGACCAGAGGAUCGUCUUUAUACCUUUUGUUCUCAUUGCUUGCCCAGCAAGUUCUCCAUGAAACGCCUAGAUCUCAACUGCACCAGUUCUGCCCCAGUGGUCAAAGAAGUCAUGAUUGUAGAAGAGUGUGAAUGUGAGACUCAGAAGAUCAAAGACUCUGUGACUGGAUCUCUAUCGUCAGACCUGCGUGCAAAUGUACAUGAGCACAAUUAA